UGUUGGCCAGGCGGCGGAAGAGGAGAGGCGCUCUUCGCAGCGGCGGCCCGGUGCGAGUGGGGGGCGCGGCGGGGAGAGGCGUCCCCAGCGCCCGCCCCGCCGGCAUGGGGGGCAGCGAGAGCAGCCACGGCGGCAGGAAGGUCUCCUUCGGGCUGGAUGAGCGGGAGCAAGUCCGGGUGCUGCAGGGCAUCAGGCUCUCUGAAGAUGUAGUGAACCGAAUGAAAGAAUCUCCUCAAAGUAAAAGGGACAACCAGAAAUCGCCCUGUUCAUCCAAUGGCACAGUUCCACCUUCACCAGCUGCAGAAGGGAAACCGAAAUCUCCUACAGGAAUCCAGCCACCAAUGGCAAGUGACUCUGGUCAGAAGUCUUCUGCUGCAGAGCAGGAACUGUACAGGAGGUAUGAGCGAGAACAGGCACUGGUCCAAGAGGAGUUGCUCCGGCUGGCCAAAAGAGAAAGGGAAGCAGCCAAUGAGGCCUUGAAUACUGCCCUUCAGCGGGAAAGGAACAACACUAAUGAAGAGAGGCAAAGAGCGGCCCAGCUGCCUGCGGAUUUGGACGCCUGGGCUGUGGAGCUGCAAGGCAGGGAGGCAGAGCUGAAGCGGCAAGAGGCCUUCUAUAAAGAGCAGUUGGCUCGCAUUGAGAAGAAGAACGCAGAGAUCUACAAGCUGACGUCUGAGCAGUACCAGGAGGCAGCCACCAAGGCAGAGGAGUGGAUAAAGAGGAGGAACAUUGAUCCUGUCUGUGCAAGCCUGCAGUCUGAAAUUCUGAAGUGCUACCAAGAAAACAAACAUGAAGUGCUCAAAUGCUCGGAGCUGGCUAAGGAAUAUCAGCGCUGUGUUAGUGCAGCUCAGAAGGUGCCUGUCUUUCACAGAAGGACCAAGGUGAAAUUUUGGCGCUCUAGCUCCUGGCCAAACCAAGCUAUAAAGAGCUGCAUACUCAGACACAUGUAUUCCCUUGUCAAUAGGAGCUGUAUACAUUGAGCUAGGAGCCAUUUGUAAUUCUGCACUCUUUCUCCCUAUUCUGCGUCCAGCUUCUCAAGAGUCUGCUAUUCCUAACAGACAAAGGUAAACCUACUUCUAUCAAGGCUUUAGGGCUUGACUACAUAAGGAAAUGACAAUGCAAUAAACUGGUGAGUGAGUUUAUGCUACAGCAACUUCCCUGUAUAUGAACAUUCUGCGUUUGUAAUCUAAGUGCAGAGAAAAUUCACACUCAUUUACUGUGAGUCACUCUGCUAUGCAAACAAGCCCUUGCAAAACACUGAUUGACUGGUUUCCAGCGGAGGUAAAUUUUUAACAUACCCUUGAGUUGACUGCAUUCACCUUUGCCCUUGAUUGUAAUAAAAACGAAUGUGGUCAAUUUACUGUGCGUACUUUUCCAAGUGAUCCCUGUGAAAGCCCAGUUCCCAUUUGGCACACAAAGCAAAGCAUUGCAACUCUGCUGGAAGUCCAUCUCUAAUCUGUGGGCAGUGACCUAGAUUGCUGAGAAGAUGCCACAGGUAGUCAUGCAGUGUCCCAUCCUGGUGGAGCAGUUUCGCUCAAGCAUUUUGGAUCCUGCUGAAGCAUGGCCUGCUGGGAGCUGUCGUUUCUGCAACCUGAAUCUCUCUCUGCUAAAGAGAAACAGCUUUGGGAUGCAUUGGAUGCCAUGGACUGCGCUGCAGGAGCUGUUAGUUAAUUCUGGAUAAACAUCAGCCACCAAAGAGCAGAGGACAGGGACCACAGAUGCCCUUGGAAGCCCCAGCAUCCUUCUGGAUAGACACUGACCAACACUGGUGCCUUCUGCCCUUCGCGGUCCAAGACAAUGACAUGAUUCCUCUUCUAAUUGCCUGCAUGUGUCAGCCUCAGUGGAUGUUCCCGGAGUUGGGAGGAGGGUCCCGGGAGAGGGGGACGCUAUCCUUUCCUUUUUUAUUGUAUUACAAUGUAAAGAAUCAUGUUGACCCCAGGUGCUUCCAGCACAGCUUGUAGCUUGGAGUCUUGCCCAACACGAGGCUGGUUCACCCUGUGCUAGCUUUGGUUUCACCAAUCCACAUCUGAGUUUCAAGAGCUGUUAUCUUUGUCCGUUUGCUCUGGAGAAAGGGGUCUGAAGUAUUUGGAAGUAACCCUGAUUAGCUUGUUAGGAUUAACUGUUCCUAGCAUGCUCCCAUUGGUUACACCAGCAGGCGCGUUUCUUCCCUUCCAAGGUUCCCUCCUAAACAAUAAAGUGUUUAAUGGUCA